CUUGCCUUUAUAAAACCCUAACCUCCGCAGUCUUCCCCACUUCACAUCCAUCAAAGCUCAAACAACCUCGCUCCGAUCUGCUCUCUCUGCUUGAUUCGUCGGAAAGCUUCUUCUUUUUCGCCGGGAAGACAAUGUCGGGCAGGGGAAAGGGUGGCAAGGGCCUCGGAAAGGGAGGAGCCAAGAGGCACAGGAAGGUCCUGAGGGACAACAUUCAGGGGAUCACGAAGCCCGCCAUUCGGAGGCUUGCUCGCCGGGGAGGGGUCAAGCGUAUCAGUGGGCUGAUCUACGAAGAGACGAGAGGCGUCCUGAAGAUCUUCCUGGAGAAUGUUAUCCGUGAUGCUGUUACCUACACUGAGCACGCCCGCAGGAAGACCGUGACCGCCAUGGACGUUGUGUACGCGCUCAAGAGGCAGGGCCGCACCCUCUAUGGUUUCGGAGGUUAAUUGCGAUCAAGCUAGGGUGUAGGAUGUGUAAUUUGGUUUCUAUGGAUGUUGAAUUUCAGUCUUGUGAUACAGUCUUGCUGAAUUGAGGGUUGCGGUGUAAAAUUGGGAAUUCUGCUUUAUGAAUGAUGACCACUGCUUAUUGAUAUCUUCUCCUA